GGCAGGUACCGCGCCUCGCCGCGCGCCCUCAACGCGUCGCCCGCCAUCACGUCCAGGGCGCACGCCGGCAAGGAGCAACACGCGAAGGCAAGUGCAGCCGGGGCGGCCGGACCGGCCGGCGAGAACGAGAGCGGGGCCCCUGGCAAGGCCCCGCCCGUCCAGACCAUCCGCAACUACAGCAAGGUGAACGAUGACGGCUCCUUCACGUUUGGCUACGAGGCCGCGGACGGCAGCUUCAAGGAGGAGACGCGCGGCACCGACUGCGUGGUGCGCGGCAAGUACGGCUACGUGGACCCCGACGGCAACAAGCGCGAGUUCACCUACGUGUCCGGCAACCCCUGCGACCCCAACGCCGUGCAGGAGGAGGAGCCCCUGGCGGGCGCCAAGGACGCCGAGGCCGACUCCGGCGAGGAGAACAUCCCCGCCAACUUCCCCAGCCGCUCCCUGCGCCCCACCCUGUCGGCCCGCCCCGCCCGCCCCGCCACCACCCUGUUCCAGCAGAGCUACAACCAGGACUCUGAGGAGGACAUCGACGACGACGACCUGCCGCCCGCACCCGUGCCCACCCGCGCCCGCGUGGUGCGCCCCACCCCCAGGCCCACGACGCCGCAGUACCAGUCCCCGACCACGCCGGCGCCCACGCACGCCGUGCGCAUCACGCCCAGGCCCUACUCCAGCACCACCGCCGAGCCGCCGGCGACCACCUACCGCCCCCAGGCCCAGCAGCAGGUGUCCGUGACUCCCCGCCCCACGCCGCUGAAGGCCUACUCGGCCGCCCCCAUCCGCUCCAGCACGCCCGGCACCAUCGACUUCUCCGAGGAGCUGCGCAAGUUCCAGCUGGACAACAACGUGGUGGCCAGCACCGAGCGCCCCGGCACCGGCAUCAAGAGCUCCGACCCCAUCUACUCCACCGAGCUCGUGUUCGACCCGCAGUCCGGCCAGUACAACACCGUGGUCUACCAGUCGCUGCCCAAGUCCCAGCCCCAGGACAUCAACGCCGUCCAGCGACACCGCCUGCAGCCCUACGUCGCCCAGCAGCAGCUCGCUCCCCAGCAGCUGCCGCACCCGCAGCUCCUGCAGCAGCAGCCGCAGCCCGGCAGCCUGUACCAGCAGCAGCUGGUGCAGCAGCAGCAGCAGACGCUCCUGCAGCAGAGCCAGCAGCUGUUCGCGCAGCAGCAGAGGCAGCUGCAGCACCAGCGCUCCCUGCAGGCCAGUGCCGCCAGCGCCUACCAGGCGCCGCGCUACCAGCCCGCCCAGCUGCAGCAGGUGUCGUCCACCGCGGCCCCCGUCAGGCUGGCGCCCGCCCCCGCGCGGUAUCCCGCCCAGCCCGUGCAGUACGCCGCGGCCCCGGGCCACAGCAGCGCCCCGCAGACGCAGUUCUACUACGUGUCGCCGCAGGACGCCGGCGACCAGAGGGCGGCCUUGGCCGCGGGGCAGAUCGACGCCUUCCUCAGAGGGCACAACCUGAGCUUCUAAGUCGCGGUGCGCGUGCCGCCCGCGCCGCCGACCGGCCGUGGGUCGCCAAGGACUCCUUGAGCGCGGCGCGGUGCUGCAGUACGGCCGCAGCGUGGCCGCGGCAUGGCCGUCGCCAGCGCGUCGGUGUUUUUACUACAAGUCAGAAUUAUUACUGGACUCGUCGCCAUGUGUAUAUUUAGUUAGUGAUAUUGCUCCACUGUGCCAGAGACGAACUUGCCUGUGUAAAGAGACCAGCCAAAGACAAAGGUCGGCCUCGCGGCCCUCCAACGACUCGCGAAAAUAAAGGAAUAGGCGAAUCCCUCACGGCCCGGACAAGAGUUGUCUCAGUUCGCGGAGCAUCACAACCAAGCGGACUGAAAGGAGUUGACAUUAUUUUUAAGGCUCCUUGUUAAUUCUUUUCAGGGGGCGUGGCGUUGUCUGCGCCCCUUCUCACGUAGUUACCUCAAGAGUAAUUAAUAAUGUUACAAUGCGGGAAAACAACUUUCAUCUUCGGCGAGUUGAGCCAUGAAAAAUGGCUAUGUACUUUUUUCAUUGCGUUUGUUUUUAAUUUUUUUAUUAUGAAAGAUUUUUUGGUACAUUUUUAGCGAAAUUGCCGAAGAGGAACCAGUUGUUGUUUCCCGAAUCCCUUCGUACCGUCCACGUACGGACGCCAACGGGUGUGUACCAGCUAUAUGAACUGACGAAGACGUAUUAUAACGCACAAACCGCUCUCUUGCACUUUUUUUUAAACACCCCACUGUACAGAUACCAAAAUGCAGAUGCACUUUGUACUCGGGAGUGACUGAGAGCCUGCGUGUGAGAGUGUGUGCGUGAGUGUAUGAGAGACUGUCUGAGUGUGCGCGUGACUCUGUGAGUGCCUGGAUGAGUGUGAGACUUACUUGUUCGCCGUUGCGUCGGCGCAACGAUGCAAUGAUGCAAUGGCGUUGUUUUUACUUUUACAAACUGUAUAGAUGUUAAGUUAAGACUUUUAUAAAAUAAAGCCAUUAUUUACAAUUAA